CUCACCGUUGACUGAGGGGAGGUCACUGAUUAAAUGGCGAAGUGUCACGUCCAUGGUUUUAUUUGAUUUUUGCAGGGAGGAGAUGAUCUGCAGCAUCCUGGUGAUCUUCAUCCUGACCUCCUGUGUCUGUGCAGGGUCAUUUGUAGUGAAUGUGACACAGAGCUGGUAUCAUGCAGAGGAGAACCACAACAUCUCACUGGAAUGGAUGUUCCCCACCAGCACGGACCACUCCACCAACUCCCUCUAUGUCUCCUGUGAGAUGUUAGCUGAUGAGACAGCCUACGUCCUGUUUGUGCUACAUGAAGGUGUGGAGGUCCCAGAGUAUCAGGAUCAACGCUUUGCAGGACGAGUCCAGUGGGACAAAGACGUCCUCAGAGAAGGACGACUCAGACUUCACAUCUCCAGACUCCAGACUAAUGACUCUGGGCUGUACUGGUGUCAAGUGGACACAAGUUAUGGGAAGAACUAUAAGGAAUGUCACCUCAAUGUCACUGCAGUGAAGGAUCGACCUGAACCUGAGACAACCAGUGACACCAGUCUGAGAGGAAGGAUCGGUCUCUACUGUGUACUGGGAUUACUGGGACUAGCAGCAGCUCUAUUGUUUGUUCAUUUUGCGUUGGAAAAAAAGGGUCAGAGGAGGUCUGACAAAUGUCCACCUGGGACGUGGGGUCCAGGGUCAGAUUGUCCGUCUGGGUCACUGGGGGUUUGAUGACGUGGUUUCUCUCUCUUUGACAUUAACGUCCUUACAAUAUUCUAUACGUCACAGAACACGUUACAUUUGCAGAUUUGUUGGGUCUCUUUGCAGCAGUGAAGGAUCGACCUGAACCUGAGACAACCAGUGACACCAGUCUGAGAGGAAGGAUCGGCCUCUACUUUGUACUGGGAAUACUGGGACUGACAGCUCUGCUUUGUUUCUGUCUGUGUUGCACAAACCGAUUCAUGAUCAGCAGAAGAAACGAUCCUCUUUACAAAGUAUAGACUAGUUAUUUAUUUAUAGUUUGAGCUGAUCUGACAGGUGGAGACACUAAGUUGGUUUUCCCUUCCCCCUCAAAAAGAAGCUCUCGUCCUCAUGGAUCCCCUCGAUGAAGCACUGAUAUCAUCUGGAUCAGUUGAUCUGCCGUUGUACUGUUGAUCAAGUCUUCCCCCUUAUGAAGUAGGACAUGAUCAAUUAUCCUGAUCACUGAAGCCUGGUUCAAAUUAACAGGAUUGUUUGAGUGCAGAUCAGCAGGUGAGGAACCGAGAGCCAGACUUUCAUCAUCUGGUUCCUCUCAGCUGGCUGAUAGAAAACGUAGAGAAACGGGGCUCAGAGUUCUGAUCUGCAUCAAAUGAAACAUCAUCCACAGCACGAACUUAGUGAUUCAUCUCUAAAUGUUUGCAUCAAGGUCCGACUGCUGCUAAACACAAAGUAUUGUUGUCCUCAAUGAACACGUUUUUAAUGUUCUAUGUAACAUUCGUAUAUUUUUACACUUGUUUGUUGGACUGGAGAGAAACGUUCUUUCAACUUCAGUGUAUUUUUGGUGCAUUGGAAUUUAUAUUACGCUAACUAUGCACUUUUUAAUGUAGACAGAUGUCAUCAUUAACAUACAAGUCAAAUUAACUUCUUUAUGCUCUUUUCUUUUCCAUAAUCCAAUCAAACCUGUGUUUACACAUCUUUUAAUAUGUGAACAAAAUUGUGUUCUGUUUUUAGUGUAAAACUCAUUGUUUGAUUGCCUUUCAGUACUGUAAAAAGCGCUGUACAACUAAAAUAUAUUUUUACCUACAGUGAACGUUUACUAAAAGAUCAACACAACACAUUAAUAACUUGUUACCAAAAAACUUGCAUUAUGUUUUCAACCACUCAGGUGUUGUUGUUUUUAUUCAUGAAAUAAAAAGUGUCUC